AUGUCUCCAGCAGCAGUUUCGCCUACACAUAUUGAGCCGCCGCACUCCUUGGGCGCUAUCGCUGUGGGAGCUGGCGGCUAUGGUAGUGAUGCGCCAGGCAUGUCGAGCACCGCUUGUCCGAGAUGUGGGUUUGAAGGCGCAUAUCGAGAGCUGCAGGACAUGAACAUAGCCCAGCAGAGGCGGAUAGAGGAGCUGGAGGCGCAGGCCAGACUGCUGACCGAGAAAGCUGCUGCCUCUGCCGGGAAACUAGCUGAUUAUGAGGACGGAGUGAGUAGCCAGUCGCAGACCUCACCAUGCAAACCAGUGAACGCGCCGGAGCUCCGGAACCUGGAUCAGCACCCGCCACAGCAGCAGUCGUCUCCUCCUCCCCAGCAACAAACUAGGCUGGCAACACUUGCUUCAUACUUCCCCUACGGCAGACGUACGAGUAGCAACGCUAGCGCGACCCAGUCUCGACAAUCUGUGUCCUCAAACCACGUCCAACAGUCCUCAUCGAUCUCUUCUCCCCCAUCCACAGGCGGAAGCAAAAACGGAGAACAGUCGACCAUGAGCCCAUUCGGCAACGGCCUCCCACAACCAACAAGCUUCCUCCAGGGCGCGCUAAACCGCGAACAAGCUCUCCGGAAGGAGGCAGAGUCACGUCUCACGCAAGCAAAUACCGAACUCGAAGAGCUGAGCGCAGAGCUAUUCAUGCGAGCGAACGAGAUGGUAGCGAACGAGCGGAGGGAGAGAGCAAAGCUCGAGGAGCGUGUCCAGGUGCUCGAGAAGCGGGACAAGGAGAAACGGACGAGGCUUGAACGGCUGGAGAAAGCAGUCGAGCGGGUUGAAAGAGUCAAGGGCCUGAUAGGCAGCCCAUAG